UCGACCUCUUCGGAAAGUUGACGAAGUGCUUCGGAACAAUCGAAAUACCCGAAAUACUUCAGGAAGUUCAGAGAGUAUUUGGUCUUUAUUGCAAAUGUGUGUUUCUCAGAACUUUUGCUUUUAGAUUAAGAAAAAAAGAAGGAAGAGAUCCAAAACAACGAUCGCUGUCUUGUAUGUAAAUUAGUAUUUAAGCGAUGUACAAAUCAAAUCAGGAACCAGAUAUACCUGCAGCAUUGGGUUUGUUGUCUCAUCUGGAUAACGAUGAGCUGAAAGAAUUGUUAAAUGACGACGGGAAAUUUGAAGAUAUCGUGAAAGAUAUAAAACAGUUUAAGGAUUUUGAAACUGAAAAGGAGAUGUUAAUGGCAAGCAAUAGAUCUUUGGCAGAGUUUAAUUUGGCCAAACAACCUGAAUUGGAAGAUGGCAAACAGGUCUUGAAGGAACUAAGCGAACAGGCCAAUCAAUUGUGCACCAGUGUCAAGAAUAAGUUAGAUGAAAUGCGUGAUAAAUCUGGUACAAUGACUGUCGAUACUGCACUUGACUUACUGCAAGCAGCAGCUGCUGAGAUUGAAGAAGAAUCAGAGGGAAUAGCAGAGAAGUUUUUAGCUGGUGAUAUUGAAGUAGACGAAUUCCUGGACCAAUUCCUGUCGCGAAGAAAAUUGAUGCACCUACGUAAAGUGAAAGUGGAUAAAUUGCGAGAGUUGAUAAGGAAGGGUCAUUCAAACAGCACCCCUGGCUAUCCAAUUGCUUCAAAUUUUCCUGGAUUAGCUCCCUCAAUACCAUAUCCAACUGGGCCUGUAGCUAUGCCGAUGCCAUUGCCAGGAUUGCCAGUUUAUAGACCAUAUUAAUGUAAAGUCAUAUAUUUAUUUGUUUCUAUUUGUUUCUUUGGUCGUAACACGCAACAAGUAUUCAAAGCUGAGAAAUUCAACUGAAGAAACAUCAAAGUUGGAAUGACAUUCACACAUCUUCUGCACAUUAAUUUUUUACUAUUUUUUUAUAUUAGUCAAUUUAUGCUGCAUAAUGUAUGUCAUGCAGUAUAAAAGUUGUAUAUUAUUACAAUUUAUCCGAGUCUUUAUACACCUGUUGAUAACAGACAAUACUUCAGAACAUUAAUUAUCUCUGAAAUAUUGUCUAUGCUCCAUUUGCGAGAUAGAUUUCUAUAUUUGAAUAUACAUACAAAUGCAGUUACCUGCAUGCUUGUUAAUAGCAACUUCUAUCAUAGUAUGUAGGAAUUGUUUUCUUUUUAAAGAAUGUACGAAAUGAUAUUGUCAUUCUUCAUGAUCUAUUUAAUGUUGUCCUUUUACUUUACUAGUAACGAUAGGUGAGCAUAAAAAUAACAUUUGUACAUUCAUGUGAAAACAUAUAUACAAAUUUAUACUAUUCCAAUAAAUAAACGUGGACUAA